AUGGCUUGCCGAUUGAAGUUUCUUCAGUACAGCCACUGCUUCUUCAUUAUGACCUUGAAGAAAAAGCCAUCUGGGAGACUUGCCCAGUACAUCCAAAUAUUGGUGGAGAAUGUGGCGAAGAAGGCAACCAGAGACAUGAUCAGACAUGAUAAGAGAAGAAAUUUUUGCGACCCCAAGAAAGAAUCAGCUAGCAUGGACGGUGUUAGCACACCAAUGACACAACCCAAGUAG